CUCAAAUUCAUCUUUCCUUGUUACCUCGACUCUCUCCCCACUGUUCGAUCACCUCCUCUUUACCACCCCCUUGAGUUAUCAUCUUUGCCUCGUACUUGCACGCAGUGUGCUCGCCUUCUAACUGUAUUUCAAAAUCAAUCCGCCGUUUUUCCCUGCUCGCCUUCAAAAUCAUCCAUUCAGCGUCGCUUUGGAGCAGCCGCGGCAGGAUCCACUGGUGCCUGGUCUUGAUUAGUGAUAUAAUGGGUUGGAAGGCAGCUGAGAAACUUAUCAGGCACUGGAGGGUUCUUAGAGGAGACAAUGUAAUGAUAAUUAGGGGCAAGGAUAAAGGUGAGACUGGAGUUAUUAAGCGUGUCAUUCGCUCCCAAAAUCGUGUCAUUGUUGAAGGUAAAAAUCUGGUAAAAAAGCAUAUUAAGGCAGGACCUGGUCAUGAAGGUGGAAUCUUCACUGUUGAAGCUCCACUUCAUGCCUCAAAUGUACAAGUUGUUGACCCAGUCACAGGGAAGCCUUGUAAGGUUGGGAUUAGAUAUCUAGAGGAUGGAACAAAAGUUAGAGUAUCCAGAGGUAUAGGGACAUCGGGGUCUAUAAUUCCUCGCCCUGAGAUAUUAAAGAUAAGGACAACACCAAGACCUACAGUUGCUGGCCCCAAGGAUACUCCAAUGGAUCUUGUGUUGGAGAAGACAUAUGAUGCUAAAACCGGAAAGGGCAUGCCUGAUCUUUAGAGGAUUCUUUUGACGUUCUUCAACAUCAAACAUAUGAUUGCUUGAAGAUGUUACAAGUAGCUAGAAAUUAUAGUUGCUUGUUGGUUUUAUGCAUGUCUAGAGCGUUUCUAUUUAAAAACAUGGCAGUAUUGCUAGAAUGCAUAAUAAUCUCUUUACCAGAAAGACUAGGAGUCGUGCAGGUUUUAUCUGGUUUGCAGAUGUUGCGACUAACGGAUUUGAGUUGAUUGAAUUUCUGGUCUUUACCGUGUAGCAUCUCAUUAAAUCCAUGUGUUAUGAGCUCUGUAUCUCUUUGCAUGACUUAGGUUUGUCGUUUGAGCUAGGCUAUUGUCUUUUAAGCAAAAAUCUACCAUGUUAUGCUAGAAGACAUUAUGGACAUGUAUAAUGGGACAAUCACUAUAUUUUCUACUGUAUUGUUGUAUUUGUUUCAAAUAAAAGUAAGGCAAAUUGUAGGCAAA